GAACCAAAAAAUAGAAAGGAAUAAACAAAAAUACAUUUUCAUUGGCCCUCGUUGUCUCGCAUUAAAAUCCAGUGAAAAUCUCUGAAAUCCCUCCAAACCUCAACAUUAAUGGAGAUUUUGUACAUUUCUUUUUCACUUUUUCUCUGAUACUGUUUCUCCAAGAAAUUCAGAAUAUUUCUUCCCUUGGCCCAUCAAGAUUAUUGAUUCUUUAAUUAAUAUCAGAUUUCAAGAUUCUACACUAUAUAAAUACUUCAAUUGUUUUGCAUAUGCUAGGGCUAUGCUCCUCCGUUCCCCCUCAAUUCCUUGAUUUGUUGGAUUCAUUGUUCUUUAUAAACUAACUAUCCUUUUUCCUUGUUUGGAAAAAUCAAUUUGCUGCAAAACAUCUGAAAUUGGGAUGCUAAGAUUUGCUAAAUGCGUCAGGUAUCGGUAUGAUAAAGAAGCGUUAUUCGUUAUUUACAUCAAGCGCGACCUUUUAUCGUAAUUUCAGAUAUUUGAGGGGUAAUUUCAUGGCGGCAGCCCCGAAUUUUUUGGUGGGCCAAAGGGACUUGCAGAUAAUGUCUCCGAGAAGGCUUUUGUCGAAUAUAUCUACUGCAUCAGCCAUUGAUACAAGCAAUGGAAGGUUUAUUAGGGGAUUGAGGUUCAAAUGCUGUCGCUCGGAAAAUUAUGGCAAUAAAUUUCAAAAUAACGAUAAUGAUAUUUUUAGUAACAGUAAUGCGAUGCAGAAGGCAAGGGCAUUUGGUCCGUACUUGCCGCAAUUUCUGUUUGAUUCAGUAGAAGUUAGGGUGGAGGACAGGGCCAAUAGUGUGGAUUAUGCCUUUAAUGGAGCUCGCGAUUGUGGCUCUACCAAUAGAGGAAACUCGACUGGAUUUCCGGAUCAGCUCUUGCCCGAGAAAAUCAUGAUUGCGGUGGAUGUUGAUGAGGUUCUUGGCAAUUUUGUAUCAGCUCUCAAUCAAUUCAUUGCAGAUCGAUAUUCUCUAAAUCACUCAGUUGCUGAAUACCAUGUCUAUGAGUUUUUUAAGAUAUGGAACUGUUCUCGUGAUGAAGCUGAUAUACGCGUGCACGAGUUCUUUAAGACAUCUUAUUUUAAGAAAGGAAUUCAUCCAAUUCCAGGAGCCCAGAAAGCUCUUCAAAAGUUGUCCAAAUUUUGUAAUCUGUCAGUUGUUACGUCCCGACAGAAUGCAAUUAAGGAGCACACAAUUGAAUGGAUUGAGAGAUAUUAUCCGGGGUUGUUCAAGGAGAUCCAGUUUGGAAAUCACUUUGCUUUGGAUGGAAAAUCCAGACGUAAAUCAGACAUUUGCAAGUCCUUGGGAGCAAAGGUUUUGAUUGACGAUAAUCCAAGAUAUGCAAUUGAGUGUGCUGAAGUCGGCAUUAAGGUUCUUCUUUUCGAUUAUGAGAAUUCAUAUCCUUGGUCGAAGAUGGAGUCUGUUAAUCGACAUCCUCUUGUCACCAAGGUCCACAACUGGGAAGAGGUGGAGCAUCAGUUAGGAUUAUGGAUUACGUCAUGAGAAAUUUAUCCCAGAAUUAGGUUCAUGAGUCGUUGAUUCAUUAGAAGUAGUAGAUUUUUUGCCUUUUAAUUGCCGGAUUGUCAAAUUACUGGAAAAUUGUAUUUUUGACGUAUUGUCGUCUUUGAUGGAGUAGCUUGAAAAGGGCUCUGUAGAACACAGGUUCCAAUUUGUAGGGAUGCUGAGGGGAAGGAACAUAUUGAUGUAACGUUUCCAUUUUAAGGUUCCAUUUUUCUAUUUCUUUUGAUGUGUAA